AUUUAAGAGUAUUAGUUCACAGAGUUUCUUCUUUAGUCCACAGAGCAUCGUUUUAUUGCUAUUCAUGAAAAUAAAAAUUCAGGAUUUGGAUUAACCGAAGUUACAAUAACCUUGUCACUUGGUUAUGCAAUGGAAGAGUUUUAGUGAGGAUUGGUCCCAUACCUCGGCUCGUGUUAAAAAACGAAAAUGGAGGUGCGGGGAAUCGAACCCCGUGCCUCUCGCAUGCGAAGCGAGCGCUCUACCAUAUGAGCUACACCCCCUUGAUGUUUGUAUGGUCUCUGUAGUUAUUAACGUUUUAUAUUGUAUAGCGUUAAUCAAGGUUCUCAUUUGAAUAUUUACAGGGUUUUUAGUCUUUCCUAAACAUGUCUCCAUUCAAUUUUCCAACAUUUGUUUUUUAGUGAGCAUCAUCGGAAGAGAAUACAACUACGAUCCUUUUUUUAGAUCCUACGACUAUAAUAUUCUUUAGUCGAACCAAGACAAUAUUUAAAUUUAUCUUAGAAUGAUAGAUCUCUCUGACUAUUGAUGUUAAGUUGUAAUAACAAGUCUCUAUGUCCCUACCUUGAUACCAAAACCACAUUAUGACUUUCUCAAACCAGCUCUUCUUUGUCCUCUUCCUCAUCUUUCCUCUCUUACGUGCUUCUCACCCAAAAGAUUGUUCUUCUUCCUCAUGUGGUCUUCAAGAUGUCCAUGCCCGCUUUCCUUUCUGGCUAGAGCCGAACCAGCCUGACUUCUGUGGCCACCCAGGGUUCGAUCUCCACUGCACCAAUAGUCAAAAAACAGCUCUCAACCUUCCCAAGUCCGGAACAUUUCUUGUCCGAGAGAUCGACUAUAGAAGCCAGCAUAUUCGUCUCUAUGACCCUGAGGCUUGCUUGGCAAGAAAGCUUCUGACCUUUGACGUUUCGGGUUCUCCUUUCUCUGCUCUUUACCUUGCCAAAUACACGUUCUUGACCUGUCCUAAUGAGGUUGUUAAGUCGUCUGGGUUUGACUCCAUCCCAUGUCUAGGCAAUUCCACGAGCUCCUUCUUGGCUACAACUAGUUUAGAUAUCGCCAAAUCUAUGCUGCCUUCUUGUCAGAUUGUCAAGACAUUAGAUGUUCCAGUUUCUCGACCGGUUGUUACUGAGAAAUCAAGAUUCUCAACUAAUGUCAACAAUCAAGAUCUUUGGCUAAAAUGGGAUUCUCCAAGUUGUAGCAACUGUGAGAGAAAUCAUUUGAGAUGUGGAUUCAUAAGCAAUGCUUCUCUUCAAGUCAAAUGCUUCCCUUUUGAAAAAUCCGGGCAUAACAACACGGGAGUACAAGUGCUUAAAAUUAUAAGCCUGGCCAUUUUCGGACCGAUCAUAAUCUUUGCUACUUGUAUCGCUAUCGGAGUUUGCACCUCCGAUAGAUUCACUUCCCGGAGACGACGGAACGUGGCUAUCGCUGCAGCUCAACCAAACGAAGUUAUAGUCAGGGCGGGUCUUGACGAGUCUACAAUAGAAUCUUACAAGAAAGUGGAGCUAGGAGAGAGUAGAAGAUUACCUGGAGUUAAUGAUAUUGUGUGUCCCAUUUGUUUAUCUGAGUAUGCGAGCAAAGAGACCGUGCGGUGCAUACCGGAAUGUGAACAUUGCUUCCACAUUGAAUGUAUAGAUGCGUGGCUUAAGCUUCAUGGUUCGUGUCCUCUUUGUCGGAAUUCGCCUUCUCAAGUGCGUGAAGCUGUCUGAAAAUUGAACAAAAACCUUUUUAUAUCUUGUACAAGGAUACAAGAUUGAAGUUGAACUGAUGGAGUAUUAUAGUUUUUUUUUUAAAGGUUGUAAUGGAUAUAAUUGCUAGCUAUUAUGUUUGUGAGACUUUCAACACUGUA